GGUCUCUCCGCUGUCGAGUGAGACGAGUUAUCCGUGAAAUCCGCCAGUAUAGUGUUUCUCUGACCGACAUGCCUCAGAAUGCACUGGUGUUUGUGCGAUAUGGACCAUACAGGUCUUGUGGUGUUGUAGAUUACAGAACAUUCCGUCUGGAGGGCCUUCAAGCUACACUUAAAGAAGACGGGCACCAGUGUGUUUUGGAAAAAAUCGACAUUUGGAACAAAGUGAAACUCGUCGUCAACGGAGAACAUGUUUAUCAGUGCGACAUUAACGAUCUUGAGUUCGGGGGCGAUGGGCAGCUGGAUCCUCUCUGUCAGGAGGCAUUACAAGCGGUCAGGAAAGCAUAUUGA